GUCAGCUGCGAACAGAUAAUUUGAUUAGUCCGCCAUUACCAGAGAAACCUUUCAGUGUUUAUUGGGUGUUAUUUCACUGCGGUAACAUGACUGAAGUGGCAAAUACAGACGUCGCCAAGACUGGUGCAUUCAAGUAUGAAGACGGGACUCGUUACGUCGGUCAGUGGAACUCCAAAGGGUACAAGCACGGGAUGGGUCAUCUGACUCUGCCUGACGGUACUCGAUACGACGGGGCUAUGGCGUCAGGCCUGUGUUCCGGGUUGGGUGUGAUGGCGUUUCCUGAUGGAGCCAAAUACGAAGGAGAAUUCAUGCAGGGCUGGUUCCAUGGCCAUGGGGUAUUCUGGCGCGCUGAUGGAAUGAAGUUUGAGGGGGAAUUCCGUGGAGGCAGGGUUUGGGGGUUGGGGCUGGUGACAUUCUGCGACGGGAGCCACGGCUUCCCCAAAAACGAGGGUUUCUUCCAAGACUGCCGUAUGAUCAGACGUAAGAAGUGCCCUGAUGUUGUGCAGCGCGCCCAGAAAGUGGCUUACAUGGCUCGAGCCCAGUGCCAGCAGAUGUAGAUUAAAUAAAUUCGUGUGUCUUA